CCUGUGAGGAUUUCUGUGCGUACAGUGUAAUAUUUCUACUUUCAGUCCUUCUAUAUGUUGUGUGUCUCUAUAGCGGAGAUCCAGCUGUCAGUACACAAGACGGGCCGCUUGUACAGCGUUUUGCAAUCACAUCCCCUCACUCACCCAGUCCUCCCUGCACACCGGAAAUUCCUACUCCCUUUCCACUGACACACACUGAAGGCGGAAGUCGCGCUGCCUCACAGCUGUACUUUGGCUUCAGGUCGCGGACUGAACGUUAUCAGUGUGAGGAUGAUAAAGGCGAUCCUUGUGUUUAAUAACCAUGGCAAGCCCCGCUUCUUGCGCUUCUACCAGCAUUACCCUGAAGAUACACAACAGCAAAUUGUGCGAGAGACAUUUCAUUUGGUCUCAAGACGAGACGAAAAUGUCUGCAACUUUUUGGAAGGAGGAAGCUUAAUCGGUGGAUCUGACUACAAACUGAUUUAUCGCCAUUAUGCCACCCUUUACUUUGUGUUCUGUGUAGAUUCUUCUGAAAGUGAGCUUGGCAUUCUUGACCUCAUACAGGUUUUUGUGGAGACGCUUGACAAAUGCUUUGAAAAUGUAUGUGAAUUGGACCUGAUCUUCAAUGUGGAUAAGGUGCAUUAUAUCUUGCAUGAGGUGGUAAUGGGUGGGAUGGUGCUGGAGACAAACAUGAGUGAAGUUAUCACCCAGUUUGAAGCUCAGAGCAAAUUAGAAAAAUCUGAGCAAUUUAUACCUGGAUUCUAAAUUGUCAAACCUUAAAAGAACACUUCUGAUCGUUUGGAAGAGGCUGGGUUCUCUGCAGCUCCUGCAAGGGCAGUUUCAGCCAUGAAGAGCAUGAAUUUUCCAGAACUUCCACGAAACAUCAACAUUGGUGACCUCAACAUCAAAGUUCCAAACCUCUCCAAUUUUGCCUGAAAAAAAU